CUUUCUCUUUUCCUGCGAAGGCGAAAAUGGAGAACGAGGAUCGAAGUUAAUUGCGAGGGAUAAGUGUAGAGGAAACAAGGCGUGAAUCGUGGGAGUUGUUAGCAUUACCCACAAUCGUUUCUACAGAAGCGAAAAUGAGCAAUCCGGAUCAUGUGACAUUCCUUGUGUAUUUUGGAGGGUAUUGGGUGAAGAAUCAUGUAGGAGAUGUUGCUUAUCUCAAUGGUAAAGAUAUAGCUAUAGAAUGUAAACCAGAAGAGUUUUUCAUCAAGUUGUCGGCGGAGUUGGGGGAGGGAUUAUAUGGCCAAAACAUGUGGUAUAAGUACCCUUUUGAAGAGCAUAAUGAAAGAAAGAGAUUGAGGUCUGCGGAUUUGAGUUUUAAGAGGAUGUGUGAUGCGGGCAGAUGGACUGGAGUGAUGAAUGUUUUUUUGGUGAACUCAACAGAGCAUCCUAAUGAUAUCGAGUCAUCUGAGCCAUGUGAAGAAGAGAUCCGGGUUGAAAGAAAUGUGGCUUCUUUUGUUGAUGAGGAUGAGGAUUUCGAUUAUCAUAACACACCUCCUAACUCUGAUGGUGAAGAAGAAGAGGAGCAUUUGGUUAGAUACAAACGAGGUAGUGGUCAGCUAGAGAUAGAACAAGUAUUUGAUAGUCUAGAGGAGUUCAGAGAAGCUUUAGUAGCUUAUGCAUUAAAAGAGGGUUGUAACAUAAAGAUAAGUAGAUGGGGGAAAGACAAGUCAGCGGCUGUGUGUGGGACUAAAGAGCCUUGUCCAUGGUAUAUCUACUGUUCUUAUGAGGAGUGCGUUGGCAAGUGGAAAGUGAAAACUUUUGAAGAUCAGCACAGUUGCACAAAUGAUAACUAUUGUAAGAUAUUGAAAGCACCUGUGAUUUGCAAGAUGUUUUUGGAUGAUAUCAGAACUGAUCCUGAUUAUGGACCAAAAUGGAUGCAACAAGAGAUUGAGAAGAACUACAAUCUGAUAGUAAGCAUAGACAAAUGUAAAAAUGCUAAGAAAAAAGCUGUAGAGAUCAUCGACCGUGAGCACAAGGAGCAAUUUUCUAGGCUGAAAGAUUACCGCUUAGCACUUCUUCAAUCUAACCCUGAGUCAACAGUAGUGCUAGACAUAGUGCUUGAUGAUGAUGGAUCAGAGAUCUUGUNACCGUGA